AUGCACACCUCCGGCUCCAGCUCUUCGCUUAUACACGCGGCCGACCCCGCCACACACUCGCCUGCGCUGAUGGAGCUCAUCGAUAUACGACUGACAAAGCCUGUCGUCGAGUACCUCAUUGAAUGCGUCGUCGAGACGGUCGACUUCGCGAUGGGCCGUGUCUCGACGCCGAGGGGCCGAAACCCGUCGCGCUACCUCUCCUCUUUUACCACCUUCGCCAACAACGUUCUGACACGGGCUGAGGUCACGCCAGCUACAGUCUUCGCGUCCCUCGUGUACAUCUCCCGCGCCCGUCCACACCUCUCUAUUGCCCUCGAAGAGUGGGCGCUGGAGCGUGUGUUCCUUGGCGCGCUCAUCGUGGCGAGCAAAUACACAAAUGACUCGACGCUGAAGAAUGUCCACUGGGCGUUGUGCACGGGCGUCUUUGGCAAGCGCGACGUGGGGAGAAUCGAGCGUGAAUUCCUCGAAGUGCUCAACUGGGAGCUGUCUAUCAAAGAAUCCGACCUCCUCGCGCACCAUUCCGCGCUUGUGGCCGUCGCUUUCCCGUCCAAACCCACCCUAAUCUCCUUCGUCCGCACCCGCAUCCGCUAUUCCUCCUCUGCUUCCAUUCCCGAGUUUGCCCCAAGCUCCCCGGGUUCGUCGCUCGGCUCGUUGUCGCCCCCGACACCACAGCCGCAGCCCGUGCCUGUCGACAUCGUCUCCCGGCAUAAGCCGAAGGGCCGGUUCAGCGACAUCAUCCGUGCCUUCCCGAUUCACAUACCGAUCCGCCACCACGCGCACCAUCCUCGCAUCCACGUCGCUUAA